GCGGAGACUAAGCACGACGAGGACGAGCUCAGGUCUUUACCGCCAGACUUUUUUCACUUUAGUGAGUUACUCUCGCUCAAAAGUUUCGUGCAGUACUGAUGAUAAGCACUAAACUGGUUUAUAGCAGACCUAUCCCACUAAAGUUGUUGUCUUAAACUAGGGAAGAUGAUUUUUUGCAAGACCUGGUUUCUUGCACUCCUGCUGCCUCUGCUGAUAUCAGCUCAGUAUCACGGGGACAACGGAAUAGUCGUCCCGGAGCAUGGAUUUUGUCAGCCGAUUUCUAUACCUCUGUGCACGGAUAUAGCCUACAACCAAACCAUCAUGCCCAAUUUAGUGGGCCACACUAAUCAGGAGGACGCAGGACUCGAAGUGCACCAGUUUUAUCCCCUGGUUAAGGUACAGUGCUCGCCGGAGCUGAAAUUCUUCCUGUGCUCCAUGUAUGCGCCUGUAUGUACAGUUUUGGAGAAGGCCAUCCCUCCCUGCAGGUCCAUCUGUGAGAGAGCCAAACAGGGCUGUGAGGCACUCAUGAACAAGUUUGGUUUUCAGUGGCCGGACCGACUGCGCUGCGAGAACUUCCCUGUGUUGGGAGAUGGACAAAUCUGCGUCGGACAAAACGACUCCUCUGCCGCCACCGUCCCACCAAUCAUACCUGUCCCGGGAACACCGGACCCCUCGUUGAUCUCCUCAAAAGACAGGCCUUUCCGUUGCCCGUCUGCUCUCAAAGUGCCCCCAUAUUUGAAUUAUAGGUUUCUGGAUGAGAAGGAUUGUGCAGCUCCUUGUGAGCCAUCAAGGCGCGAUGGGUACAUGUUUUUCACUGACAAAGAGAUUCAUUUCUCCCGCUUAUGGAUUCUGGUCUGGUCUGUGCUUUGUUGUGCAUCUACCUUAUUCACAGUUACUACUUAUUUAGUUGACAUGCAGCGCUUCAGAUACCCAGAGCGACCCAUCAUCUUCCUGUCUGGCUGCUACACUAUGGUCUCCAUAGCCUACAUAGCUGGCUACUUCCUGGGGGACAAGGUGGUUUGCAAUGACAGCUUCGGCAAUGAUGGUUUGAAGACAAUUGUCCAGGGCACCAAAAAGGAAGGCUGUACCAUCCUCUUUAUGAUGCUCUAUUUCUUCAGCAUGGCCAGCUCCAUCUGGUGGGUCAUCCUGUCUCUCACCUGGUUCCUGGCAGCAGGUAUGAAGUGGGGUCAUGAGGCUAUUGAGGCCCACUCUCAGUAUUUUCACCUAGCCGCCUGGGCAGUGCCAGCAGUGAAGACCAUCAGCAUCCUGGCCAUCGGGCAGAUAGAGGGUGAUGUUCUCAGCGGGGUCUGCUUCGUCAGUCUCAGCAACCUUGAUCCUCUACGGGGCUUUGUGUUGGCCCCUCUCUUCAUUUAUCUUUUCAUCGGGACCUCUUUCUUGCUGGCCGGCUUUGUGUCACUGUUUCGAAUCCGCACCAUCAUGAAACACGACGGCAGCAAGACAGAGAAGUUGGAGCGUCUGAUGGUGCGGAUCGGUGUGUUCAGUGUGCUUUACACCGUCCCUGCCACCAUUGUUAUCGCCUGCUUCUUCUAUGAGCAGGCCUUCCGCCCCCACUGGGAGCGCAGCUGGAUUACCCACAACUGCAGGAGCCUGGCCAUCCCCUGCCCUUCGCAGGUUAGGGCACGCAUGACCCCAGACUUCACUGUCUACAUGAUCAAGUACCUGAUGACACUCAUAGUGGGCAUCACCUCUGGUUUCUGGAUCUGGUCCGGGAAGACCCUUCACUCCUGGCAUAAAUUCUACUCAAGGCUUACAUAUGGAAAACACGGAGAGACCACUGUGUAGAAUAAAGGGACGUGUGUAUGUUUUAUAGGACUGAUUUGUGUAUUAUUACCGGUUUCUCAUGUGACAGAUAAGAAACACAGAGAAUAACUAUACAGCAUUUUUAUUCGACUCAGCUUUAGAGCCAUUCAUGCAUACCAAACUAAGGGUUAGGGUUUUACAAAAGGGCACGCUGGAUAAACUGAACCUGACUGUCUGAACAAAUAACAAGCAUGGCUGUGGAUGCCAUGUGCUGAAAUUCUCUCCUCCCCCUCUUUGGCUCUUUUCUUAAAACCACCAUAAACUUGAGGGUAGUGAUGAUCUAGCAGCCAGGAACACAGAGAGAGGGAGGAUGAGGAAUGAAAAAUGGCUGUUUAUUCUCUGUAAACAUUUCAUAUGUAAUUAAAUAUGCCUGUAAAUACUAUUUGUAAAAACAUGAAAUUAUAUAUUUGUAUUUUUAAAAAACAAAGUAAAUACUUUUUCUUAUCUGCCAGUGUACCUGCUUUACUUUUGCACUGUAAGAAAGCCACAUAACGUAGAUCUGGACAUGUUCCUUUUUUUUGUAUUAAAUACAGGUAAUCAAUUCUGUUUUUUAUGGAUUCAAAGAAUGUGUAUAUUUCAGUGUGUUGGAUGAUAUCAAAGGAGAUUUUC